GUUGCUUGGUGACGACCAGCCAAUCAGCUGCUCCUCCUCCCGCGGUCCGCAAUGAAUGUGACGAAUUGCUUUAAUGUGACGACGGAGGUAAAACAUUUCACAAAAUGUGACGUUAGCCGAAGCUGAAUUGCACUAAAACAAACUACAACCAAAUCAGAGCGAUGGAGGUGACUCGUUUGGACUUCUACAUUGGCCUCUCUCUAGCUGUGAGCUCCAGUGUUUUUAUCGGCUCAAGUUUCAUCUUGAAGAAGAAAGGCCUGCUCCGAUUGGCCAGCAAGGGGUCUAUGCGAGCAGGUCAAGGGGGCCACGCUUACCUGAAAGAAUGGCUAUGGUGGGCAGGAUUAAUUUCAAUGGGAGCUGGAGAGGCUGCCAACUUUGCCGCAUAUGCAUUUGCACCAGCCACACUUGUGACUCCACUAGGAGCAUUGAGUGUACUUGUCAGUGCCGUACUGUCCUCUUACUUUCUGAACGAGAGGUUGAAUGUGCAUGGGAAGAUUGGUUGUUUGCUUUGCGUCUUGGGCUCCACAGUCAUGGUUAUCCAUGCACCGCAGGAAGAAGAGGUGGCUUCCCUCAGUGCCAUGUCUGAGAAGCUCCUGGAUCCAGGUUUCAUUGUGUUUGCUGUGUGCGUUGUGGGAAGCAGUCUGAUUCUUAUCUGUGCUGUGGCUCCGCGUUUUGGACAGAAGAAUGUGCUGGUCUACAUCCUGAUCUGCUCUGUGAUUGGCUCGCUCUCUGUGUCUUGUGUCAAGGGCCUGGGCAUUGGCAUUAAGGAGCUGUUUGCCGGGACAGCGGUGCUGAAGGAACCUUUGUUCUGGGCCCUAAUCAUCUGCCUGGUAAUCUGUGUCAGCCUUCAAAUCAACUACCUGAACAAAGCCCUUGACAUUUUUAACACAUCCCUAGUGACUCCCAUUUAUUACGUCUUCUUCACCACAUCUGUCAUGGCCUGCUCGGCCAUCCUCUUCAAGGAAUGGUUAAGAAUGAACAUAGAUGGAAUAGUGGGAACAAUCAGUGGGUUCUUGACCAUCAUUUUGGGAAUUUUUCUCCUCCAUGCCUUUAAAGACAUUACAUUUACCUGGGAUUCCCUCCCAUUUUAUCUGAGGAAAGGUCCUCAGGGCUUUCCAUGGGGCCAACAGCCAUACUUGGCUCUUCCCAGCUAUGACUUACAAGCACAAGACGAGAUGAAUCUUCCCAGAGAAGGAGCCACAAAUGGAGGGUGGGGUAUACACCAGAGAGCACCUUAAGGAGGACCAGUAUUGUUAUUACCACUUAAAAGUCAUUCUAAAACUUUAAUGCAUAUGAAAGCUUUACAAUCUAUUUUACAAAAAAGCGAGGAGGAUGGGAGAGGAGGCUUUAAAAUGAGAGUAAUGCUAUCAGUACACUGGAUUUUAUUUAAAAUUAGUUGUCCACAUCAUACUUUUGUGUACAUUUUUUUUUACAGCAUAUUAAGUUAAAAAAAUAGCCUUCACAAGCCAGAUUGUGCCUUCUGUUACUGAAAACUAUAACCAAAGUUUUGCACCUUUAGCUUUCAUCAUGCUUUCGAUGUGUGAGCUUAUUUGCAGUCAGUGUUAAAGUCUUAAUUUGCUUUGAAUCGAUGAGGUCAGUUACUGCAUUACCUCAGUAUUACAUACAAACCACACCAAAGAACGCUGUCUACUUCUAUAAAUGUCUACCUAAUGUGUGCCAAGCUGUAACAUAUCGCUGCGUUAACUGUAUUUUGGAUGUUUGAUAAUGCCGAUUAAAACACAUUUACAACAUCAUUUCACUGCACUCUUCCAAAAGAUGGACAAUAUUGUUUGGUUUUUCUUUUUUUUAAAUUUAUUUAUUGCAUAUGUUCAGCCUCAGCUGCUGAUCAUGCCUCUUCUGUCAAGACAUCUUUAGUUCCUUUCAUUACACCAGCAUGUAGUUAAGUCCUCUUGCUGCAAGUAAACCCCCCCCAGCAGGCCAGCUUAGUUUGUUUUUGCACAUUUUGUGAGUUUUCACAUUCAGACUCAGUUUUAAAGCUUGAGCUUGAAUUCUGUGACUUGACAAAAACAGAGUUUAGGUUUGUGGGUUUGUUUGUUUUUUCUCAACGCUCAGAUGCCAGCAGAAGACAAA